AUGUUCUGGGUUGUAGUUAUUACCAUGAUUACAGCCUACUGGGACAGUUGCAUGGCCCAGCUCAGCCUGUCUCAGCCACCCACUGAGUCUGUGUCUCUGGGACAAACAACCAAACUGCCCUGCACCAUGAGUGGGGGUAGCAUCAGUAGCUACUAUAUGUCCUGGUAUCAGCAGCGACCCGGGACUGCACCACGCUUGCUUAUAUAUAGGACCACUAGCAGGCAGUCUGGUAUCCCAGAUCGGUUCUCAGGUUCUGAAGACAGCAGCAGUAAUACAGUCCAUUUAACGAUCACUGGUGUCCAGGCAGAAAAUGAUGCUGAUUAUUACUGUGCUGCAGGAACUCACAAUACAUAUGCAUACAUCUUUGGAGGAGGAACUAAGCUAGCAGUUCAAACCUCAUCACCAAAAGCACCAGCUGUGAGCCUUCUACCACCAUCAGCAGAUGAGCUGGCAACCAAACAAACGGUCACACUUUCAUGUUUACUACAUGGCUUCUUCCCACGAACAGCCACUGUAACAUGGAAAGGGGACACAACAGUGUUAUCCACAGGAGUUCAAAACAGUGAAGUCAAGGCAGAUGGGGCCAGUGAUUACAAGAUGAGCAGUUACCUUACACUUUCAGCAGCUGACUGGAAAAGUCAUGAUUCGUUCACCUGUCUGGUGUCACAUGAAUCCAAAACAAUCACACAGAGUAUCACGAAGUCAGAAUGUCUUCAAUCCUAAUUUGGACCUCUGAGUAGAUGCACAAUACAAAUUGUAAUUUUUUUAUGCUACAUACAUUAUCUUCCUAUGAUGCACCACUUCAGCCUGUAAUACUGAAUUACUUGUUUUGUUUCAAAUAUGCAAAGUGUUAUCAAGGCAUAACUUCCUAAUUUUCUUAUAAUAUUUGUCUAUGCUUUGUAGAGUUCCUAUAGGUACCUACGUCUCUUGUUAGCAUUUCUAUUAUUCCAACAAUGUGUUUUUAUGUCUGUUGUUGAUGAUGUCUUGUGUAAUUGUACCUAUUGGAUUUACAAAUUAAACUAAAUUAUGUUUUCUGCAAUAAAUGAAUCAUGCUACUGAAUGCAA